AUGGGGGAUAAAUCAACGGUGACUGCCUUCUCUGCAGACAGCACAGAGCUUGACAGUUUCUUCAACAAUCCGUCUACCACAGCAAUACCAGAUGACUCGAUUAGAGAUGUUGACAUAGAAGGUCGGAGGUGUUGCAACAGCCAGCGAUUAAUCGUUGGAAUUAUCGUCCUUCUCGGUGUUAUAUGCUUGAUUACUGGGAUAGUUCUUCUUUCGUUGGCAAAGGAAAGGAAAGAAUGCGAUGUGAAAACAACGCCAAAUCCACAAAAAAGGGAAGAGAAAAAUAUGAAAGCUGUUAACGGUUGUGCACCAUCAAAAGAAGCUAUGAGGGUCUCUUUGUAUAAUCUUCUUGACUCAGUGCAAGCUAAGGCUUUCGAACUAAAUCCAAAUAUGUUGAUUUACAAGCCACAAGUUACCAAAGAAGAGAUUCGCCAAAAUUGCAAACCUUAUGACCCGACCCCCUCCGAAAUUAAACGAAGAACCGACGAAGCUUGGCGAUUGCUAGCGAAAAUAAACGACACUGACAUCGACUUGGCUAAAUUAAAGCCUAGGGAGAGAAAGGCUAUAUCCCAGGCUAAGUUAUACCUUCGGCAUGUCUUCGGGCUUCCCUAUGGCGCGAAUUACUACAACGCCGAUUGGAUGUUAGGCCCAAAUUUCUUCUGCUGGCAUCCGAUCUGCUAUAUUGGCCAAGAGAUGUCUGGUCACCUGGCGUCAUUUGCGCCUAAAAAUGCAAGCGAUAUGGACACCAUUCGCGAAAUCCUGGAGGCGUACAAGAAAUCGAUCAUUCAAUAUAUCGAUAAUGUUAGACUAGGAGUCAAAUCCGGUAUGGUUGGCUCGAUAGAAGAGUGUCGAGCGGGACUGGACGUGAUGAAGAGUCGAUUCAGCCAUAUUGCCACAAGUAAAGAAGGUAUGAGACAGCAAACCCUCCAGCCAAGUGUAGGACAAUAAGAAAAGUGACACACAACAGCUUGGCCGAGAGAGGGGCUUUGUUAUAUAAAAAAGAGGUAUAAAUUAGGUAGCAUACAUAUCAUGAAUUGAGAGGAGGAAAACGAGGCCUUAAUACGAUUUUUCUGAAGGAAAUUGCUUUCGCUGGAUCCUUUUUUUUCUGUAACUUCCUCAUUACAUCUCAAGCCAGAGUUAUCCAAAAAAUUUACCCCACGAGGAUUGGGUAAAAUGAGUUUACACUGAAAUAGUCACUAAAUAAGUAAAUAUUACAGUAAAGAUAAUGAACUGUUUUAGCAUCUUAUUGGCCUAUGUGUGUAUAAACGUCUUCAGUUAAUUAUCAAUGAAUAGUCAACAAUUAGUAACAGCUAUUUCUUUUAAAAAAAGGUUGGAAAUCUUUUUACAUUAUCUUUUCACAGGGGUCUUGAAAGAAACCUUUGUGGAGGAGAUUUUGAAGCCGUCUUUCUAUAAAGACAUGACACAAAAAAUGACAGAGGAAUGGCAAAAACGGACAGGCAAGACAAUAAUAGAUACGAUGAAAGAAUACUUGAUUGAGAAUAUCGGCGCGCCAGUUAAUAACUUGCUCAGGUAAUAAGUCGAUCUUCCAUGUGAAGUCAAUACCCUUUCACUCUUAACGGUGAUCAUAGUAAAAACUUAAUAUAGAAUUCAGAUUGUUUUUCGAAAGCUUCUAAGAUUUAGUUACUAAAUAAUAUGCAAAAGCUCUGCCAAGGUUAUACCAUAGGAUUUUGCCCACAUAUUUAAAAGUCAGACUUACCCAGAAAUACUGUAGCCAUAGUUUUGGAGUGGCAGACUCGUUUUCUUUACUGUUGGAGCACUUGAAUCAUUAAAAAUAUUGGCAUUUUGUGCGACAGUGGUCUCAGUGGUCUCCGAGCCUGAAGAUCUCACUGAGAUACGAUGUGUGACAAUAUUGGCCAAUAUUGUCACAUUAUAUGCAGUGAAAAAUCACCUAAAACGGCCAAAAUCAACAUGGGGGGGGGGGUGGGGGAAGGGGGUAUAAGAAACCUUACCGUUAAGUGACGGAUUUCAACCUAUUCGCCAACUUAAAACAGUCGUAUUUGAAAAUGAAGUAGAAAAAAGAGGUUAAGGUGAAAGAAGAACCUCCUUCCUUACCUUUGCAUCUCGGUAAAAUCAAUGAAACGUUUUUCCCCCACGUUUGCUUGAUUUCAUUUGCGUUAGGCUGUAAAUAGAUGGCUCAACCACUCAUUUUAACAGACUGCCACAGUAAAAUUGUUGUUUCUUUAACCCUUAAAGUCCCAAAUGUGACCAACAUAAAUUUUCUCCCAACAAUGUAACUACCUGAACAAGAGGAAACGUCAUGAGAAUUAAUUAAUUGACCACUUGAGGGGAACGUGUUUUGAUCUGUUAACAAAUUCUCUUAACUAGGAAAAGUAUGGAAGUCAGCCUGGAAAAUUUGUAUUUGGGUAUUGAGGCUUAAAUGGUUAAAAACUAGUCUUAUCCAUAAUCCUUUUAUCAAGGACCACUGUUUACUCUGUCUUUCCUCAGUUACUUGGGGGAUGAGCACAUGCGUCACUGCGUCCCA